UUUCUUGUAUAUUCUUGUUAAUUGAGAAGGGAACAUUAAGCCCAUCAAUUAGCUAUUCGAUAUUCUUGGUUCAAACUAUUUAUGUGACUUCUAAUUUUGUUUCUAGGAUCACUAUUCAGCUAAGAGAUACAAAAUUUAUUCUGUAAAUUUGAUGGAAAUUCUGUGUUCUCCACCGAUGAUCAUAAAAUAAUGCAUUAAAGGAGGAUUUACUUUAACAACAAAAUAUGCUCAAAAAGAAAAAUUAUAUUCACAAAAAGGAGGUAUUUUCCCCAAUGGAAGAAGUGAAUGAUAUAAUCGAAUUGCGAAAUAUCGUCAAACAAAUCAUUCAAGAUGUAUAUUCGGAAAAUUAUGACUCGAGAAUGAGCGAAAAGGAAGCUAUGAAAUUGAAGACAUUCAUUAGAAAUAACGGAAUUGACAUAAAUAGGAUCUACGAUAUCAAGUUAACCAUACUGAAAUUGAUCAUAGAAGAGGCUAAAAUCCUACCUUUGUAUUUUAACCGAUUUUUCCCAGUGUGCUGCGAAAGUUUAAGAGGCAGAGAUCAUUUAUUAGCCAUAAGUCACUCGGGUAUCAAAUUAGUGAAUCGACAUCGUGAAAAUUACGAAGGCGAAAAAUUGAACAUAUUAGAAAGUCACGGAUUUGACUCGAUAAACGAUAUACAAAUAACAACAUUAAACACGAUAAAAAUUUUACUGAAAAAUUCAAAAUCGUUAAUUCUUCAUACUCAAUGGGUAUACGAAAUUAACGAUAUAAUAACAGCAUUCUUAAAGGAAACUAAAUUGAUUGAAUUGUCUCUAGAAGCCAACAAAAAACGCAAUAAUCAUAACGAUACCUCUAAUUAUAUUUUUAAGGAUUCGAGUUUAAAAUUCGAUGAUUCAAAUGCAAAAUUUAGUAAAUUAGCCAACAAACUAAACUUCUUACGUAAAUCUCGAAGAGAUUCUAUAGUGAGCGAUUCUCCUAAAGACACCCUGCCAUAUCAAAACAAACAUAAUAGUAUUUCUCAAAAAUUACGCACCAAUUCGAUGAAAAGUUUGAUAAAUAUCGGUUUAAAUUCCAAGCUUAGAAACCAGGAUAGAUGGAGACUUAACAAAAGUAGGAAAGAACCUUCUCCCACACCACCUACUCAGAAUGGGUGGACCAAUGGGAAUUCAUACAGAACUGAAGAUCCAUUUCAGACAUCCUCCAUUGUACAUAAUGAUAAGCGAGCCUCCCCUCCAUCUAUAUUUCAAAACCAAAAGGUGUACGACGAAGACAAACGGAGGAGACAUCACAGCGAUCAAUUACAUUUAAAACACCCAUUCACCGCGCUCGGACAAAGUGGCAUGUUUAGCAAAAGUUCUAUAAAACUUUUUCCAAACGACGGCCCCUACGUUGACAACAAAAAUAAUCGAUAUAAAUCAGGCUGGAAAGGGGAAAUUUCGGACAAGGCUUCGGAUUUAAGUUCGACCCGUCACUCGCUAAUCAAACCUCAAAAUUAUUGGAGCAAUAAUCAUGACCAAUACCAUUCAAACGGAAACGAAAAAUCUAAUACCACUUACAGAUUCGAGACCGAUGGGUCUAAGAAACCGUAUUUUGAAACCGUAAAAAGCUACUCAAAUCAAAAUAACGGAAACAACUUGAGUCACAAAGCCGAACCACCUAUUUUUCACAAAGAUAGCGUCUUGUCCAAAGCAAACGAUUUAAAGCAUCACGAUUCUAAUUUUACCCGUCCCCCUCAGAAAUUCAGCAAUCCACCCUCCCAAAAUUUGCAAACGAAAAAUUAUAAUAAUCAUAGGAAUGGAAACGGCCACGGUUUAAAUCAUAAUGGUAGCAAUAGUUAUGAUAACGCGAUGGCAGACAAUGUUACGGAGUACGAUGAAAGGAACAUUUACAAAAACAGUUGGAGAGAUAUCCCUAUCAACAAGGAUUUAAAUCAUUCCUUCUUCAGCAAUUACAGCAGCAAUAAUAAUUUUACGAAUGGAUCGCCGAAGAUCAUCGAGGAUGACAUCAAUGUAUACGAUUCAUAUUGCCUAAAUUCCUCCAAUCCGCACAGCUUUUUUUAUUACGCCCUUCUUAAUUUCAGAAUUUGUUUAGAAAAGUUGAAUUUAGAUCCAUCUUUGGAAUUAUUGCACGAAAAAUGUAUUCAAAGCGGAGAAGAUGAGACACUCUCAUGCUUAUUAAACUUAAAGCAGAAAUAUUUUCGCAAAUUUGACGAAAGGGAACACAUAAAAUUGAUAACUUAUAUCAAAAAACCAUUAGACAGAUCCCUAUUGAAACUAAAAUCGAACGAAGAAAGUAAAUUGGCGUUGGAAUGCUUUUUAGCUUUAUUACGAUACAUGAAUGAUUAUCCCAUGUCAGGGACUGAAAUUGGAGAAGUGGAUUGUAUUUAUACCAUACUCACUUCUUGCCACCGAUUUUCCGACCUUCAAGAUGAAAUCUUUUGCCAAAUCAUAAAACAAUUAAUUAACAACAAGAGCGAUUCAAAAGAGAGUUGUGUUAAGGGAUGGAAAGCGAUGAUCAUCAUGACUUCUUAUUUCAACGGAAGCGAGAAAUUCCGUCCUUACCUGUUAAAUUUUAUUCAAUCAACCAGUUUGGACAGAAAUGAAUCUUGUUGCGAUAUUGCCAAAGAAUGUCUCAAUAAUUACGAAAUGACUAUUAAAUUUGCGGGUCGCAAAAACGUCCCAAGCGCUGAGGAGAUUUUAGCUUUAUCAUAUGGGAAAUCGUUUAAAAGACAGUUUUACAGAAUCCCUGGAGGAGGUGGUAGACUCUUUCAAUUGAAAUGUAGUUCGGUUGUGGAGAAAGUCAUCAAAGACAUAUGUUGGGAUUUACUUGAAGCCAAGGACAAAAAGGAAUCUUCCGAAUUUGCUCUAUACAUUGUCUACCCAACUAAAAAGGUGGAAUAUUUGAAUAAAGAUGAAUAUAUAUUAGAUGUAACUACUGAACUGGACAAAAAAUUUGUCCCAGACACCAAAAACGGAUACUUUAUAUUUUUCAAAAGAAAUAUGUGGUCUUAUCAGCUUAAUUUUGCUAACAUGGGUCAAUGCUACAUCGAAUUUCAUUAUAAACAGAUCUUAGCUGACUAUUUAGCAGGACUCAUUUUCAUGAUACCAAAUUUAACUAUCGGGCCACGAAUACCUCAAUAUAUUGAAGACGACUUAGCUGAACUCGCUUGCUUGAUUCAUAGAGCGAGUGGGGCCGAAUCUCAUCCUGCCCUCGAUGACAUUUCAUUCCUUUUCCCCGAAACGCUUUUAGAAAAUUUGUAUUUCGACAAAAACCAUUGGCAUAACAUAAUAUUAACUAUAAGGAAAGAGUUUAAUAGAUUGAGCCCAUCCGAAGCGCGCAUCAAGUUUAUGGAAUCGUUACUUAAAUCUUCCCAACUGUUCGGUAGUACUUAUUUCAACGUUAAAUGUUCUUACGAUCAAGAAGAACUGGACGAGAAAAUACUUGCAAUCAAUAAAACAGGAAUAUAUUUUCUCCCGCCAAAUGCACAUGAAAUCUUGCAACAUCAUCCAUACAGAAGAAUUGAGAGCGUUAAUAAAAGUAUAAUGCCGAAUGGAAGUUUUAUAGAGUUAAAAGUUAAAACGAGCACAGUUUUUAGAAUUUUGAAAAUCUCGACAGAUCAGUGCCAUGAAGCCUUUUACUUGUUAAAUGCCUACAUGCGCAAAGAGUUCGAAAAUAUUUUCUAACACUCAAGGUAGUAUGAUAACAAACACCAAAAUAGUGGAGAUAUAAGUUGCUGUCAGAUUAUGAUAUAAUCAUGCCUUUCCUUUGCAAUGUUUAUACAAUACAAGGUUUAAUUUUUGGAGAAUACAAAUAUAAUAAGAUAACAAAUGUAAACACAUUUUUUUAAAGAAAAAUAUUAUUUAUGAAGCAUUAUAAAAUAAUACCUUU